CGAAACAUUUCUGCGACCUGAAGUUCUCACAUGUUCUGCUCUCUGAAGCAGCCAAAAUCUGAUCAGAGAAACAAAUAAGGAAUCCACAGCUUCACAAGUGGGAUGAAGCUGGAGUUGUCUCGAGUGGUCCAGGGAUGCCGCCUGGGGGUUUUGACUGGACUGGGGAAAUCAGGACAACACUCACUAGAGCUGCCCGGCUGUCUCCUGUACACCCGCUGUGCCACUGUUCCACAUCUGACCCAGGACACAUUACUCACCCUGAGUGACCUGCCAGCCGUCACACAAGUGUCUGUGGAUAGCCUUGCAGAGCAUCAAGAAGUUCUGGAGGAGUUUAAAGAGGGUGUCAGAAAGUUUGCAGGUCUUCAUGAUUCUGUGAUUUUCUGCUCUCUUCAUGAUUCAGCGAGCCCCAGUCCUGCCGGUCACGUCACCAACAAGACAGUGUCGGUGUGGGGCAGCGGUGGAAGGAUAGAGCUGACGGCGGCUCGGUUUAUGUCGAUUCAGGCUGCCGUCCAGCCCGACUGCUAUCAGAGCAUGGCAGACGGAGAGACCUGGCAGGCCAAUACAUCUCGCAAGAGAGUCCGCAAAGCAGUGGACAGGACUCUGGCCCAUCUGGAUGAAUGUCUGGUCCUGCACCAGAAAACUCAGGAAUUAAAACGCGCGGAGAUAUUUGGGGUUGUGGAAGGUGGAGAUAUUUUGGAAGAGAGGCUCCGCUCAGCACGAGAGACUGCCAAGCGUCCUGUGGGUGGAUUUGUCCUGGAUGGAUUUCAUUCUUCUGCCAUGGACCAGGAUGUGAGAGCUCAGCUGAUUCAAGAAACAUCUGCAGAGCUUCCCCAAGAAAAACCCAGACUGGUGCUGGGAGUGGGCCGUCCUGAUGAGAUCAUCAGCUGUGUUGAAGCCGGAGUUGACCUGUUCGAGAGCUUCUUUCCCUUCCAGGUGACGGAGAGAGGCUGUGCCCUCUCAUUCAACUACACCAUUGAUCCUGACCCGGAGACGGCAGGUACAUCAGCCUCUACAGUGUUGGAAUACAACGGAGAAACACCUGAGGUCAAGAAGCCGAUCGCAAAUGGAGAUGUUGAAAAUAUGACGCCUUUUGAGAUCAACCUCAAAGACAAAAGAUACCAUGAUGAUUUCCGGCCGCUUGUGGAGGGCUGUGUCUGCUACUGCUGUCAGAAGCACAUGAGAGCAUACGUCCAUCAUUUGCUGGUGACCAACGAGCUGCUCGCCGGUGUUUUACUCAUGCUGCACAACAUGGCGCAUUACCUCGGCUUCUUCAAAGCGCUGCGGGACGCAAUAACCAGCGACCGUCUGCAGGACUUUAAAAACACAGUGCUCCAUCGCAGACAAGGUGAUUUGAAAUGAUUGAAGGCAUGAAAAAGAGAAAGAACACCUACGUCAGACUCUUCUUUCUGAGUAUGUGCUUUCACGAAUGCAAAGAUGGAUUCUGACGUCUGUGUUCUUGCCAUGCAGAAUAUCUGACAAAAAAAAAGUGCUAAUUUGAGUGACACAGCGAAAGCUUUUAAGAUUUCCAUGACUGCUCUCUGGGUUCAUUUAUGGAUUUUAAAUUUGCCGUCUGCGCCAUCAAAUGAACAAUUUCUCUUAGAAGGAGCAUUAAUAAUGGCAGAAAAUUACCUUUUUUAAAGUGCAGCACUUGCUUGAAUUCUUUCUUUUCUAAAGCCUUGAGAAAUGACCACCUGCUGAUUUGCUUGGCACAAAUGUUUCUGAUGAGUUAUUGGGAAAUGCUGCAUUCAUAUCUUAUUUUAGUUCAUUUUUUUACAGUAAUGGUGUUGUAUAAUGCUUUUAUUUAUUAUUUUACUCGAUUAUUAUUGUUUAUAAUCAAUUUAGAAUUUGGCCGUUAUGGUACAUCCUUUUAUUUGAUGUAUUUUUAAUGUUUUUUUUACCCUUAAACAAAUGUGCAAAGCUUUUUUUUUCACAUUCCUAUUCAUUAUUUUUAAACUUUACAAUAAAUGCACAUCACAGUGCCUGUAAACCUUUUGUUCACAACAUUCACUGCCUAAAGUAUUUUAUUGCUUUUAUUAAAACUAUAUGGGGCGGCACGGUAGCUCAGUGGUUAGCACUGUCGCCUCACAGCAAGAAGGUCACUCUUUCGGGUCCUGGCCUGGUCAGUUGACAUUUCUGAGUUUGCAUGUUCUACCCAUGUUCUCGUGGGUCUCCUCUGGGUGCUCCGGUUUCCCCCAUAGUCCAAAGACAUUUGGUACAGCUGAAUUGAAUAAACUAAAUUGGCCGUAGGCAUGGGAUGAUAACCGUUUUCAAGAUAUACAGCGGUUUGGAAAAGUCAAG